GUAAUUUUAUGACCCCUGCUGCCAGGUAUCAUCCACCUUGGCGCGUGGGCAUGUAUCUCGAGAGCUCAACGUCGCCGUCGACGCCUGGUGCGAUGCCUCCAUCUGCAUCGCCGACGUCUGUAUCGAUGGAGCGAGGCAUUACGCAGGUCCGUGUGCAGCCAAAGUCGACCUAUUACCAAGAACGUGUGGUGCGCGGUGUCGAGUGGAAUGUCGGACCCGUUGCUGCUGCUGCACUCAGCAGCAACAAAACCAUCAACAGCAGUGGCCGCACCAACUUCAUCAAGCAGAUCAUCUUCACCUUCGUGCUUGUGUGCGUCGUGACGUAUGUAUUGGGUGAACACAUUGCUGCCAUCGGCCUCCCAACCGCCGCCGCCGCCGCGCCGUUCCAGUCGGCGGCCACGUCAACGUCGGCCGUGUACGUGUCCAUGGUCAGCAUUCCCAUCAUGGAACGAGUGUUGCCUCUGAAGCAUCUCGCGGAAGAGCUUUUGCACCGCGGGUAUCGCGUCAGCAUCGCCAUGCCCGAGAUUUGCCGCAGCUGGGUGAGCGACGUGCCUGGCCUCGAGUUCAUUUCCCUAGGAACGAUGUCUGUGCCUUCCCAUGCACUCACGAUCAAGACUGCGAUUGGCCACGUCGGUGUUUAUGCUAGCUACAGGACAUCCCUUCAACACUAUGCAUCGUUCCAUCAGCCAAUGCUGCACCCGCUAGUCGAAGACUUUACGGAAGACCCGCCGUCGCUCAUUGUCGUCGACCGCUACACGUUUGCAGGCAUGGACGUGGCCGCUUCCCUGGGCAUUCCAUUUGUGAUCAACAACCCAUUUCUCCUCCUCGACAUCGACGACCCGCCCGCGUACGUCCCGGCGCCGCUGUCCCACCACCCGAGCAUGGAAGUCAUGACAGUGUUCCAGCGCUGCAUGAACGGCUACUUUCGACUUCGCUUUCGCCUGCUUAACCUUGACCUUAUCAGUUCGUCGGUUAACCCUCGCACGUCGUCGCAUGCCAACACGGUGGUGGUCACCAACACUGUGUUUGGCUUGGAGUACCCGCGCCCGCUCACGCCUUUGCAUCGAAUGGUUGGCGCCCUCCGCCGCCACACCACCGCGCCGUUGGAUGCGGACCUGGCUUCUUGGUUUGACAUUUCUCCGCAAAACCACGACGACGAUGCCGCUGAUGCCGCUGGUCCGUUUCAAGUUGUAUAUGUCGACUUUGGGCCAGAUGUGUGGGUGUCGAUUGAAGUCGUGACCCAGAUCAUCACCGUGUUGCGGCAACUUGACUUGCGCGUGGUGUGGAAGUUGACAGCCGACUUGGUAAUGAUCGUUCGAUCGUUCGAUGGUUUAUGUGACAGCGUGUAGCACAAGGCAUGGAGCACCGCCGACGACGGGGCACCGUGGCACGCGCUCGAGUCGUGGGAAGUAUACUUUAGCCCCCUCGUGGCCCACACGGCGGUGCUCCAACGCGCGGCCUUCUUCGUCACGGCCGGCGGAUUCCACCACGUCCAGGAAGCGCUUUGUGUCGGCCGCCCCGUCCUCGGCAUUCCAUUCUCCGCCGAACAAGCGGAAUUCGUGGACAGGGUGACGCGAGCGGGCGCAGGCGUGUCCAUUGAAGCAACGGAAUUGACAAUCGACAACUUUCGCCACGCCGCCCACCUCCUCCUCACCCACGAUCGCUUUGCCAAGGCAGCGACCCGACUCGGCGGACUCUUGACCAGUGCGGGCGGGGUCUCGGAGGCGGCAAAUGUAGUGCUGGCCGUGGCAGACCGAGGCGCGUCGGCGCUCAUCCCCGCCCACCACACCCAGCCAGUCGUAAAGACGUUCCUCCUGGACGUGUACGCUGUGUACGGCGCCGUGCUCUGUGGCGUGGCUGUGAUCCUGCGCACGCUGCUCUCGGCGCUCUUCUCUGUCUUCCAGCGCAAGUCAAUGCCAGACGUUCCCAAACUCUCGACAGAGUAGUGAACGACCUGUUUGAAUCAGUGUCGUCUGGUCCGAUCCGACUCUGAACGAGGUCAACUUCGAAUGACCUGUCGUAACGAUAAAGUACGUACACCCGCUGGGACACAUUGCCUUGUCACUCUAUUGGGCCAUAUGCUCAACUCAAACAGUAGGAACACGGCUGUGUGUUGAGUUGAGGCUGUGUACCGUGUCUCGGAAUUCGCUAUAGCAGUUGAGUGCAUUACUAAGCAAUUACUAUGCAGUUGGCCUUGAACGUGAACGCAAGUAGCCCUUAUAUGAUAUUCCACCCCAACGGUGUGGGAUAUUUUUGAUUGAUGCGAGCUGUCAGUCGUCGUUACUUGUGGGCAUGUGGGCCCUACAGAACCGGCCUUUUCGCACCGCAUUCAUGCAUCCGUCGCUUGUGCAUCGCUUGCCGCCGCCGUGGGCGAUGCAAUAGCCGUUGCCUCGAUCCUUCUUGUCGCAUUGCGCAUGUUUGCAUUUGCGAAUGCCGCCGUGCGCGUAGCAAAACCCUUUGCGCUGCUGCCCUUUGACACACCCGUCGUACUCGCACUUUUUGCCCCCGCCGUGGGCGCGACAGAACCCCCCGCCUUGGGAGCUCUUGGGGCAGUCUGGAUGCUGGCAGCGAGCGCCGCCGCCGUGGGCUUUGCAUCGGUUGUUGGACUGGGCGCGUCGGGUGCACGCGCCUUCCGUACACCGCUUGCCUUUGGAUUUGUAGGAUGGAACGACAACUUGGUGGUUGGGAGCUGUCGUGGCUCGUUGGAGGGGGACUUUUUGCAUCGAUUGAGGCGGUUUAAAGUCCGAUACAGACCGAUGGUGGGAAGGGGGCAGCACGUGAUUCGCCAGCUGGAACGUUCUAAAGUCGGGGUCCGCGGGGAAUUUGCGCACUUCGAUGGCAGGGGAUGUCGAGAUGGUUGUGCUUGCACGCAAGCCCCCCAUGGGAUCCUGGUACUGAAACGACGUGGGCUGAAUCUGGACAGGAUGGUGGUGUGGAGGGAGAGCAUAUUGUGAUUGGUGUAGGUGAUGGUGGUUGGAGUACGAGGAGGGAGGGGCGCCGGCAUUGGGAUGGUACUGAUUAUGGUGAAAGAAACUCGCGUACUGAGGCUCAAACGUACUGGUUGGCGUCGACGCGAGUUGUGGCACGCGCAAUUCAUAGUCGUUGAAUACAGGGAACGAAGCAAAGUCUACUUUGUGCAGUGGCGUGAGGGGGGCAUGGGUGUGGUCGAGUGGUUCGAACAUUCCACCGUCGUGGGUACCCGAUUCCUGCUUGACGUCCGCAAGUGGAUCGUCGAUAUUGUAGCCCGAAAAGAGAUCGUGGUCGUUGAAAAGGCUGUCCCUAAAUCGAUGGGCAGUAAGGUGAGUGAGACCUGUAGCGUACACAUAAAAGGUAGAAAGUUCGUUUUGCCCAUACGGUCGAGUGUGGGACCGAUGUU